UGACAAACGAGCGCGCCAUUCAGUUCGCAUUUCGUUCUCGACCGUGUUAGACGUUUUUAGUUAUUUGAGCGAACGCCGAGAGCUUUUGUUUAUUUUGCCAUUAUAUGCAGGUGUGCGCGGGUGUUAGUGACUGUGUGUGUUAGCCAAUGCAAGCCAGAAACCGUGUAUUGGUGGAGCAGCCAAUGCUGCUUGCAGUUCAAAAGGGCACACAAAAGCGACGACCAGAAGAAGCAGCAGCAGAACAAUACCUGAUGGAAGGCAACAAAAACAGCAUUUAAGCCAACUCGUUCGUUUAUGUUUGUGCCUGUGUAAGUGAGCUUAAGUGCGUGUGUGUGUGUAUUUGUUCUAACGAAUACACAAACAAAUCAAACUUCUUAUAAUGGCCAGCGCUAUCCGUGAGUAUUUGCCGUGUGCUCAAUACUCAUACUCAAAUUCAAAUUCAAAUUCAUAUUCAUGCUAGAAAGUGUCGCGUGCGAAAGUGUUGAAAUAAAACCAGCAGCAGCAGUCGCGCACUUUUUUAUAUUGCAAAAAAAAAACUAAAACCUGUUCUAGACGCCAAGUGCAAGUAACACACACACACAUACGCGCGUGAAUCCAUGUGUAAAGAGAGAAAAAGGCAAUAAACAAUAACCAAAACAAGUAUCAAACGAAAGAAAACUGAAGCUCAAUGUACGCUGCGAUCCUUUAAACCAAAACAUACAUACAUAACAAAUAAAAUAAAGUGAAUUGAAAACCCUUCAAUCUUUUGGGAAAAAGAAACAAUAAUUUGAAAUUCUACGAUUCCAAUCCGAAAAACGAUCAUGGCUAUGACUGCUGCGGCUGCCUAUGCGUCAGCAACCGCCAACAAUGCGCACGUCACACAACAGCAACAACAACAACAACAACAACGACGUCAACGAACAACAACAAAUCAGCAGAGACAGCAGCGGCGACUGAGCCGUGCGCGCACGAAAAGCGCAGCUCAACUGAAGUCGACAGCGCAGUCGACUUUGCUGCUCAAGCGCGCUUGCUCAGCGCCCCAAUGGAUAUUUCUCUUCAUAUUAAUUUAUUUAGCAACAGAUGUUGCCCCGGUGGAGGUGCACGCGAAGGAGGCGUAUUUCAAUGGAUCCGCCUAUCUGCGCCUGCAGACGCCGAUGACCACCUGGGACCACUCGGCGAUCAGCUUCCGCUCGUGCCGCGGCGGCGAAAUACUCGCCCAGCAAUAUAACAAAAACUCAAUUGUAAUCUCAGUGCUCAACGAUUUCCUGCAAGUCUCGCUGGCCGGCCCGGCCGUGAUUGGACUCAACAAUCGCUUGGAUGUCAGAUUGCCCUACCAACUGUUGGACAAUCGCUGGCAUACGCUGCAGUUCAAGUACGAGUACGGCAAUCUCUAUUUGCAUGUGGAUCGUGAGGCAAUUAUCUUUGCUAAUUCGACGUACAAUAGCCAGUUCCUUACCAAUCAGGACAUUGGCAACGAGUUGGCCAUAUUGAUAUUGGGCAACUCGUUCUCGGGCUGCCUGCUGGACGGACCUGGACUGCAGUUCGUGAACGCCUCCAAGCAGAACGCCGUGUUCGGUGUCUGUCCGCUGUCGUAUGGGCCGUGCAGCGAGCACGAAACAUUUACACGGCUGCAGGAUAACUAUUGCCUGAACGAUCCCUGCAUGGGCCAUGGCACCUGCACCUCGAAUGCCGAUGGCUACGAGUGCCGCUGCACGGCCCGCUAUUCGGGCAAAAACUGCCAGAAGGACAACGGAUCGCCGUGUGCCAAGAAUCCGUGCAACAACGGCGGCACCUGCCGCGAGAACUCACGAGGCGACUAUCAAUGCGUGUGCCAUGCGAAUCACAGUGGAGAGCACUGCGAGACGGAGGUGAACAUACAUCCGCUGUGCCAGUCGAAUCCCUGUUUGAAUAACGGCGCCUGCGUUGUGCUGAGCGGCAGCUCCAGCCCCACCUGCGAGUGUGCCAAGGGCUAUACGGGGGCGCGUUGCGAAAUCGACAUGGACGAGUGCGCCUCGCAGCCCUGCCAGAACAACGGCAGCUGCAUCGAUAGCGUCAAUGGAUUCAGCUGCGACUGCACCAACACCGGCUACGUCGGCGCCUUCUGCCAGACAAACAUUGACGAGUGCGAGGACAAUCCGUGCCUGAACGGCGGCCGGUGCUUCGAUACGUACGGCAGCUACACCUGCCAGUGCCAGGACGGCUGGCACGGCGACAUCUGCGACAAGCCCAUCAGCUGCCAGACGCAGCAGUGCCUCAACGGCGGCACCUGCGUCGACAAGGCCAUCGGCUUCCAGUGCAUCUGUGCGCCCGAGUACAGCGGCGAGCUCUGCCAGCUGGGUCCCAGCUGUGCCCAGCAGUGUCCCAUCGAUUCGGAGUGUGUUGGCGGCGUGUGUAUGUGUAAGCCAGGAACUUCGGGCCCAAUUGGUCAUUGCCUGCCGACAACAACAACAACCACACCGACACCUGAACAAGCAACCCCAACAACACCAACAACUACAACAACAACAACAACAACAAGAAAAACGCUAAUCACAAACCCAGCUAUUCCCACAAUUGCAACAACAACUUAUACUACCACCAAAAAACCUUCAAUAACCAACACAACCAGAACAGCAACAGCCACAACAACAACAACAACAACAGAAAGUAAACAAAACAAACAACAACAACAACAACAAUUAGCACAAAACCAACGCUCGGCCUCCCUGAAUGCAUGUCCCCAAGAAAAUUGCUUGAACGGUGGCACCUGCCUAGGAUAUAGUAACAAUUAUACCUGUAUAUGUGCUAGUGGAUACACAGGUUACAAUUGUCAGCAGAGCACGGGCGAUGGCGCCAACGCCUUGGCCUUGACGCCCAUCAACUGCAAUGCCACGAACGGCAAAUGCCUGAAUGGCGGCACCUGCUCAAUGAAUGGCACCCAUUGUUACUGUGCCGUUGGCUACUCGGGCGACCGCUGCGAGAAGGGGGAGAACUGUUCGCCCCUCAACUGCCAGGAGCCGAUGGUCUGCGCCCAGAACCAGUGCAUCUGCCCGGAGAACAAGGUGUGCAACCAGUGCGCCACACAGCCCUGCCAGAAUGGUGGCGAGUGCCUCGAUCUGCCCAACGGCGACUACGAGUGCAAGUGCCAGCGGGGCUGGACGGGUCGCAAUUGUGCCAACGAUGUGGACGAGUGCAUGCUGCAGCCGAAGAUCUGCGGCAACGGCAUAUGCAAGAACGAGAAGGGCUCCUACAAGUGCUACUGCACGCCCGGAUUCACGGGCAUCCACUGUGACUCCGACGUGGACGAGUGCCUCAGCCAUCCCUGCCUGCACGGCGCCACGUGCCACAACAAGAUCAAUGCCUACGAAUGCGACUGCAAGCCGGGCUACCAGGGAGAGAACUGUGAGAUCGAUAUAGACGAGUGCAUCAGCAAUCCAUGCUCGAAUGGCUCCACUUGCAUUGACAUGAUUAACAAUUUCACGUGCUCCUGCAUACCCGGCAUGACGGGACGGAUCUGUGACAUUGACAUCGAUGACUGUGUCUCGGCGCCCUGCCUCAACAAUGGGCUCUGCAUCGACGAGCUGGGUGGCUUCCACUGCGACUGCAGUGGCACCGGCUACGAGGGCAAGAACUGCGAGCUGAAUAUUGAUGAAUGCGUGUCGAAUCCCUGCACGAACGGCGCCAAGUGCAUUGAUCAGGUGAAGGACUACUUCUGCGAAUGCCAUGCGGGCUACAAGGGCAAGAACUGUGAGCAGGAUGUCAAUGAGUGCGAGAGCAAUCCCUGCCAGUACAACAGCACCUGCUUGGAGCGCUCCAACUCCACGCUGUAUCAGCUGAGCAGAGUCAUGGACUUGCCGCGAGUGUUUAGCCAGCCCUUCAGCUAUGAGAAUGCCAGCGGCUAUGAAUGUGUGUGCGUGCCGGGCAUCAUUGGCAAAAACUGUGAGAUCAAUAUCAACGAGUGCGAGAGCAAUCCCUGCACGAAGCAUGGCACCUGCAAUGACGGAAUCGGCACCUAUACUUGUGAGUGCGAUCCGGGCUUUGAGGGCACCCACUGUGAGAUCAACAUUGACGAAUGCGAUCGCUAUAAUCCCUGUCACAAUGGCACCUGCAUCGACCAGAUUAACGACUACGAUUGCGACUGUGACGCCAACUUCGGGGGCAAGAAUUGUUCGGUGCCGCUGAUUGGCUGCAUCAGUGGACCCUGUCUGAAUGGCGGCACCUGUCAUCCCUUCCUGGUGAACGAAACAAUACACCUAUUCAACUGCUCCUGCGAGCAUGGCUUCCAGGGCGACACCUGUGAGAAGACCACGACGCUCUCAAUGGUUGUCAGCAGCCUGAUAACUGUGAAGACGCAACGCGACGAGGGCUACGACAUCAAUUUGCAAUUCAAGACAACGCUGCCAAACGGCGUGCUUGCCUUCGGCACAUCCGGCGGACAGAACGAACCGGUUAGCUACAUCCUGGAGCUGAUCAAUGGACGGCUGAAUCUGCACUCAUCGCUGCUGAACAAAUGGGAAGGUGUGUUCAUUGGCUCCAAGCUGAACGACAGCAACUGGCACAAAGUGUUUGUGGCUAUAAACACCUCUCACCUUGUGCUGUCCGCCAACGAUGAGCAGGCCAUCUAUCCGGUUGGCUCCUACGAGACGGCCAACAACAGCCAGCCCUCGUUUCCGUUGACAUAUCUGGGCGGCACCAUACCCAACUUGAAGUCCUAUCUGCGCCACUUGACGCAUCAGCCGUCCAGCUUCGUGGGCUGCAUGCAGGAUGUUGUCGUCAAUGGCAAAUGGAUCUUCCCCGACGAGCAGAACGAUCAAGACACGAACAGUGAGAGUACGAAGCUGUCGUACGUUCAGAGCGGCUGCCCGCGCACGGAGCAAUGCAGACCAAAUCCAUGUCACUCAAAUGGCGAGUGCACAGAUCUAUGGCACACCUUCGCCUGCCACUGUCCCAGACCGUUCUUUGGGCAUACGUGCCAGCACAAUAUGACCGCUGCAACAUUCGGACACGAGAAUACGACGCACUCGGCUGUGAUUGUGGAGACGACAGACGUAGCCCGACGUGCCAUACGCUCUAUUUUGGACAUAUCCAUGUUUAUACGAACGCGCGAGCCCACGGGUCAGGUCUUCUACUUGGGCAGCGAUCCCCGCAAAAUGCCAACAAAGAACGUUGGCGACUCGUAUGUGUCAGCUAAACUGCAUGGCGGCGAGCUGCUGGUGAAAAUGCAGUUUAAUGGCACGCCCGAAGCGUACACGGUGGGUGGACAGAAGCUGGACAAUGGCUACAAUCAUCUAAUUGAGGUGGUGCGCAAUCAGACCCUGGUGCAGGUCAAGCUCAAUGGUACCGAGUACUUCCGCAAGACGCUGUCGACGACAGGUCUGCUGGAUGCACAGGUGCUUUACUUGGGUGGUCCGGCGCCAACACGCGAAUCCCUGCUGCCAGCCAGCACUGAGCCGGGUCUAGACGAGACUAGCGUCGCCGUUAGUAGCACUGCGGGCAGCAAGGACAUGGACGACAGUAAGGAUUACUUCAAAGGCAUCAUUCAGGAUGUGAAAGUGAGCAACGGCUCCCUCAACAUGAUCGUUGAGAUGUAUCCCCUGAAUGUGACCGAUGUGAAUGUGAACGCCAAGCCAUUUGGAGCAGUCACCAUUGACCGCACCUCGGUGCUGCAGGGCGAGGUGUCCGACGACUUGUGCCGCAAGAACCCGUGUAAGCACAAUGCCGAGUGCCGGAACACAUGGAACGACUACAGCUGUAAAUGCCCGAACGGUUACAAAGGCAAGGACUGCCAGGAGAUUGAAUUCUGUCAGCUGGUUCCCUGUCCCGGCGGCAGCGUCUGUCAGAAUCUGGACGAUGGCUACGAAUGCUUAACCAAUAUCACAUUCACGGGUCUGGAACAUUCGCCACUGGCCUUCUCCUACUUCAAGGAACAGCUGCCAGAUGAGAUUGGCGUGACCAAGCAGCCGCCACUGAAACCGAUCAUUGAGAUUGCCUAUCGCACGCGCGCCGGCGGCACUCUUCUCUUCAUUGACAACCAGGAUAGCUUCUUUGAAAUCGGCGUCAAUGGUGGUCGGGUCACUGUUACCUGGAAACUGACGCAGUUGCAUAUCGGUGAGUCUGGACGCUUUGAGAAGGAUAAUACGGAUGGCGAAUGGAGCCGCAUUUACUUGCGUGCGCACAACGGUAAACUGGAAGGUGGUUGGAAGGGCUGGGAGUCGAUGGUGGAUCCCACGCCCGGUUUCUCCACGGACAUCGAUCAGGCAGCAUUCCAGGAGCUGCUCUCCAGCAGCACACAAGUCUAUUUGGGCGGCAUGCCUGAGUCGCGUCAACUGCGUGGCUCCACGCAAUCCUCGCAGCAGGGCUCCCAGUUCAAGGGCUGCCUGGGUGAGGCGCGUGUUGGUGACUUGCUGCUGCCCUACUUCUCUAAUGCCGAGCUGUAUCCACACACUGAGAAUGUGUCCGUGCAGCUGCAGGCGCAGUUCCGCCUCAACUCGACCCGGCCCGAGGAGGGCUGCAUUCUGUGCUUCCAGGUGGACUGCAAGAACAACGGUUUCUGCAAUGCGCCAACCGAGGAGUACGCGUGCACCUGCCCAGCGGGCUACGAGGGCGACGACUGCGGCACAGACAUUGACGAGUGCCUCAACACCAAUUGCGAAAACAAUGCCACCUGCAUCAACCUUGUGGCCGAUUUCCACUGCAAGUGCCUGCCCGGCUUCGAGGGGCGCUACUGUGAGCAGAACAUUGACGAGUGUGCCGGCCAGCCCUGCCACAAUGGCGGCAACUGCACGGAUCUGAUUGCUGCCUACCGCUGCGACUGCCCUGACGAGUACACGGGUCCACAGUGCAAUGCUCUGAAGCAGAUGACCUGCGAGAAUGAGCCCUGCCGCAAUGGAUCGGGCUGCGAGAAUGGAUUUAAUGCUCAAACCGGAAAUAACUUUACCUGCACUUGCUCUAUGGGCUUUGAAGGUGCACUCUGUGACACGCCCUUCUGUGAGCUGACUCCCUGCCUCAACGGAGGCCUUUGUCUCACUACAGAUGGCAUACCCAAUUGCAAAUGCAGCCUGGGCUAUACGGGACGCCUUUGCGAGGAGGAGAUCGACGAAUGCGCCUCGAAUCCCUGCAUGAAUGGCGGCAAGUGCCACGACCUUGUGGGUGACUAUGAAUGCGACUGUCUGGCCACUGGCUUCGAUGGCGUGCAUUGUGAAAACGAUAUAAACGAAUGCGUCCAGGAAGUGAAGUACUGUGGAGAGCUUGGCCGGUGCAUAAAUAAGCCGGGUAGCUUCAAGUGCAUUUGCCAAAAGCCCCACUGUGGCGCCUUCUGUAACUUCACCGAUCCAUGCAAUACCCCAAACAUUUGCGCCAAUGGCGGACAGUGCGUGGAGAACUGCGGCGAAGAGGCGGAUUACUACUGCAAUUGCACCGAAGGUUUCAUGGGCAAGAACUGCACAGCGCCGAUAAUGGCCAAGGAGGAUGGCCCAUCGACGACAGACAUUGCCAUCAUUGUCAUUCCAGUGGUUGUAGUCCUGUUGCUGAUUGCUGGUGGGCUGCUGGGCACGUUCUUGGUAAUGGCACGCAACAAGCGCGCAACGAGAGGCACCUACAGUCCCAGUGCUCAGGAGUAUUGCAAUCCUCGGCUAGAAAUGGACAAUGUGCUCAAGCCGCCUCCGGAGGAACGGCUAAUUUAGUUAACAUACAAAUGCCUCAAUAUGAACAAGAGAUAUUUUAAAAAUCCGCCCAUAUAAGUACAAUACGCUCCCGUACUAAGUUUUCUUUUGUACUAAGUUCGUCUUUAUAAGGUGCUCGCAAAGCAACAACCAGGCUUCCACAGAGCAACUCUCCCCAUUCACACACAGUUGAAUUUGAUGCCGACGCUUUAGUUAGUUAAAAAUGCAGCUUUCUAUUUAUUGUAGCAUGUAGUUUGUAUGGCAAUCACUUUAUAGUCGUUAUAUAGUUACAGUUUAGACUCAGUAUUCGAUAUAAUUGAGCAGAAUAAACCGAGUAUAUCUAAUAAAAAGCUGCGAACAAAGCUGUGCUGUACACUGAAACAUAAGCACUCGAUACGAAAAUGAAAUGAAGAAUUACAAAUCAACAGCCGAAUUCGAAACAUUCCAUGCGAAGGCCUUUAAAUACGAUGCGAAUCAAUAAUGUACGAGUAAUAUUUUGUAAAUAGAUUUGUAUGCCCAUUUUAAUCUAAAUUAGCUGAGCUAAAUAAAAUCCUAUAUACCUUGCAUGCAUGCAACUACAUAUA